AUGUGGCUCAAGUACGGGCAGAAGCAGCUCACGGGCGGAACUCACGGCAGGCACUACUAUCGCUGUAGUCACUUUCGCCAACCAACCGAGUGUCGCGCGCGUCGCGUGGUCGAUUUCCACAAGCACGACCCCAAGUUCCCACUCCGAAUCUCCUUCUUCGGCGAACACAACCAUCCGCCGCCGCUUCACCGCCCGCCUCAACCACUCGCAGCACCGCAGCAGAACCCUUCCGCCGCUGCUGCGCAGCCGGCUUCCGCAGGCGCGACCGUCGCACAGGCGUCUUCCGCUGGUGCAUCCGCCCCCAGAAGCAGCCGCCACGCCGCGGAUCGCCUCAGGCUCUCCCUGCCCGAUGACGUCAUCGGAUCCACGCUGGCAGGCGGAGCUUCUGCCGCUUCUGCAGGCGGAGCUUCCGCCGCUUUUGCUGGCGGAGGCGGAAGCGGAGCGCGUGCUGCUGCGGCUGGAUUUCAGCCUGGAGGCGGAGGCGGAGCGGGAGAGGGGGGAAUUCAGGCGGGAAUUCACGCAGGCCUCGGGGGAAGGCUGCCAUACAGUCUAGCGGAACUUGAGGUUCUCGCUGCAGUUCUCCUUGAAGCCGCCGCCACGUCCGCCGCUGCAGGCAGUGCAAACGCGCCACUGGAGGGUUCGAGAGGCAGAGCUGACGCCACCGCCGCCGCUACCAAUGCUGCCACUGCCACCACCUAUCAAAGGGUGAGCGUUAACGAGCGCGCUUGUGCGUCAAGCGUUGGCGGUGGCAACGGUGGCGGCAGCAUCGGUGGUAGCAGGAGCAGGGCGGUCGCAGCAGAGAGGGAGCAUCAGCUUCUGGAAUCGCUAGUCAACCUGCUGACGUCACCUGUGGCGUCACCGGGUUCCGGAUCCGCCUCCCUCACCCCACGCCCUUCGUCUGCUCCCUCUCCUCGGGAACUCCACUCUCCCAUGCAGACAGGCGCUCUGCUCUCCCCAGCAUCGGCCGUUGCUGCGGCGUACCCUCACUGCGCCUCCUACCCGUCCUACCGCUCCUCUACUGCCACGUCACCCUCCAGCAUGACGUCAGCCUCUGGGUCAAUGCAAUUCUCUCCACAUGCUACAGGGCCUACUGUUCACACAGGGACACGAUUUGGCGUACCAUCCGCCUCCCCUGGUACAGGUGCGCCUUCCGCCACUGCAGCAAGCCAGCAGGGUCCCUCCUCCGCGCAGAGCCAGCAGCAGCUGGCGGCGGCAGCCAUUCUCGCGCACCUGCUGGCCGCGCAGGCGCGGCAAAGCGCCUCCCCGAGAACCCCCAACCCCGUGCAUGAAGCACACGGGGCAGCGCCAGCACCGCGGCAAGUGCGAGAAACACAAGGGGCGGCACCAGCACCGCGCUUUCUCCAUGAGGCGCAAGGGAGAAUGCACCAGCCGCACGUGGCUAUGCAGCAGCCUUUGAAUGUGGGUCAGGGUGGGUUGGUCUCCCCUCCCCGCCCUGCUCUUUCCUGCCCACCCGAGGGCCGACUUCCCGCCCCUCCGCCACUGUUCAUCCCCCGCCCUGCCUCCUCCCCUGCCGAGUAUUUCUCCGCCUCUGCUGCCAUCUCCUCGCCACGUGGCACGAGUGUGAACUGCCAAGUCAGCACAUGGCCGCCAGCUCAGGAGCAGCAGGGCUCCCAGCCGUGGGCUGCGGGUCAGGGGCCGUUAUCGCCGCUGUCUCAGCUCAGCACGUUCCGCCUGCCGUCCGCGCACCAGAAGCCUCCAGUGGCGGGGAAUAAGAGGCCAGGCGAUGCCGCGUCGCAGCAGCAGCUGCCCCCGCCCCGGCGCAUGUCGCGUAAUGGAUCAGCUUCAGCAGCAGCCGGUGGGGUGAGCAGGCAGCAGCACACUGCCACAAAUGUGAGCCCCUUUCUGGUUUCUGAGGAGCAUAGAGGGACAGAGAGGGAAGCUGCUGGGGCUGGGGAGGGUAGUGUGGUCGUGCCGCAACCAGGAGUGCCCCUUGCGGACCCAGGGACGGGAACAGCAGGAGGAGCAGCAGUAUCAUCAGCAGCAGCGGCUGCACUGUCCGGCUUGCUGCAGCAGGGGGAUUUGACGAAGCUCAUUGAGGCGCUAUCACAUGUAAAGGCGAGUGAUGAGCAGGGCGGCAGGGAGCCAUGGGUGACCUCUGGAAGAAAUCAGGCCCAGUCAGUCAAUGCUGGCUCGGGACCUGCUUUUCCUCCAAUGGAAACAGGCAGGGCGAAUGGGGCAGGAUCUAGCUGCUUGUUUAAUAAUCAGUCUGGAUUUUACGCUGCAGAUGCUGCGGCAGGUGGCGAGGGAAACUUCCGGUUCGCAUCUUCCGACCUGCCGAGUGUUUUUCACCACAGCCCUGAUUCGCUGCAGAAACAGAUUCAGGAUGCCAUGGAUCAGCAGGAGCUGGAUGCGGCCAUGCUUGCUGCUGUCACUGCGGGAACCGUAGGCGCAUCUGCGGGUGCAGGUUCUGCUGGGGAGAUUACCAUGGGCGAGAAUGGGUGUAGUUUUUACGGGAGCAGCCAAGCAGCUUCUCAUUCGCAGUCAGGUGGAUUUGGAUGUGACCUUGGCAGCAGGCAGCAGCAACAUACGUCUUGUGAAGAGCAGAAUGGAGGCAGUGAGAAUGCGCUGGCAAUGAUGGCGUUGCUGAGAACCUUGACCGACCCAGAUGACCACAUGACACUAGAUGGGUGA